CUAUUCAAUAUUUGAAAUGAUAAAGAACAUAUUAUAGAUCGAGUCAAGCAUGGUGUGCUAGCUAGUUCAAUCUUCAACCUUUACAAAAGAGAAAUAAAACGCAGUUCAACAUCAGGGUUCUUUUUUAUUGUCGGAUAGAAGAAAUGUUUGUAGAAAAAAUUAAAGCCGCGGUUUAAGCAAAAUGCUGCCGAGCGCUUAUACAGUUUGAUUAGUUAGUUAGUCUCUUCCACGUUACUUUCACAUGCUACUCAUUAUUUCUUCUGUUUAUAUAUAACAACUCAAGAAUCAAGAUCAAGAAAAUUACAGAAACUUCAACAAAAAAAUCAAGAAACUCAAGAUCAAGAUCAAAAAAUCAAGAAAUUUAAAGAUCUAUCAUAAACAUGGAAGGCGAAUUAUAUAAUUUCGCUAAGGUAUGGUUUAUAAUCUUUAUAUCAUUAUUUUACUGUUUCACCAUUGGAAAUUUAAUCCCGAAAGGCGGUAAAAGAUUAUUUUUUUUACUACCAAUUAUAUUUUUAUUUCUUCUUCUUCCUCUAAAUCUCAAUUCUCCUCAUUUAUGUGGCAUGACAUCGUUCUUUAUUUCUUGGCUUGCAAAUUUCAAACUCUUACUUUUUUCUUUUGGUAAAGGCCCUUUGAAUUCCGAUUCUUCAAUUUCUUUCCCUUGGUUUUUGCUUAAUUGUUGUUUCCCUAUAAAAACCCAACAAUACUCACCUCAAAAGUCUCAUACUUAUGAAAAGAGCCCCAAAUCUUUUUCAAAUUAUGCAAUUAAGUCCCUACUUUUAGCUAUUUUGAUUCGGUUAUAUGACUAUCAUGACCAUUUCCAUCCUAAAGUUGUUAUGAUCUUAUAUUGUUUCCAUAUCUAUUUCUUUCUUGAAAUAAUCUUAGCCGUGAUAGCGGCCGCGGCUCAGUCCGUAUUAGGGCUUGAGCUCGAGCCGCAAUUCAACGACCCGUACCUAUCAACUUCACUCCAAGAUUUUUGGGGAAGAAGAUGGAACAUAAUGGUCACUAGUAUUCUCCGUCCGACCGUAUAUGAUCCUAUCCGUAAAACAUGUUCACCGAUCAUCGGUCCGAAGUGGGCCCCACUUCCAGCAAUUUUUGGAACUUUUAUUGUAUCGGCUAUUAUGCAUGAGCUUGUUUUUUACCACUUAGGUCGUUUAAACCCUACUUGGGAAAUUACGUUGUUCUUUAUAGUGCAUGGAGUUUGUCUGGUUACUGAAGUCGGUUUGAAGAAGUUAAUUAAUGGAAGAUUGAAGGUUCCGAGGUUCAUAUCGACUGUUUUGACGAUUGGGUUUGUGAUGGUUACUGGAUUUUGGCUAUUUUUUCCAUAUCUUUUUCUAUGUAAAGUUGAUGUUCGAGCAUUUGAAGAAUAUGCAGCUUUAGGUCAGUUUUUUAAGCAUUAUGUAGGUCUUGGUUUUGAGUUUUGUGGAAGGUAUAGUUUAGUAAAUUUAUCAUCAUAAUAUUGAAUUAAUUGUUCAUCAUAUAUAUAUAUAUAUAUAUAUAUAUAUGAAUUUCAUUUCGUUGUAAUGUAGACUUGAUUAAUGCACCGGAUAUCCGCUCAGCCGCUAAAGUCCGGCUCGUUUUUGCUGCGCUUGAACACGUAUUUUUUUAAUUAAAUUAUGGCAUAAGUCUAAUUAUUAUUUUGUAUUUUAUGAGAAUUUUGUUAAGUUGUCGAAUUCAUAUUUUUAUACAGAUAUAUUAUGUUGUAUAGUUCAAAAUUCAUUAAA